AAAGGAGAAUCUGAAACCCCUUUCUGAGUUUUUCCGAUUAAUCACACAAUCUGAUUAUAUAUUUCUUUUAUUUUUUCAAAUUAUUUAUUUCUUGUUUUUGCGUCUUCCCUUCAAAUAAAGAUUUUUUUUUUGUAGUGGGGGGUUAUUUUGUUUUGUUUUUUUAUUGGGAAUUUGAGCUGGGCAUUGACGCUAACAGUCAGAGAGUGAUUCUUUUCUUUCGCAGCAACAUGCAUUAAAUUGCUGCGUGUGUGCGGAAUGGACUUGCCACGCUCCCUCGCCAUCAACUUUCACAAAUGAUGUUUAGCGGUUUGAAACUUGCUCAUGCCCUUAACAUAUUCAAAUGGAAAUCGCGUGGUGAAUCAUCUUUAAGUACAGGCUUACUUGACUACCCCUCACCUCCUGAAAUAGAGUUGUCUGACUAUCACAGAGCACCAACUCCCAGCAGUGAAAGCCCUUCGGGGCUCCUUAAUGAUGAGAGCUUUACCAUUGAACCUAUUGCCGAUUUAGACCUUUUCUUUGAGAGGCUAUACAGCUACUACUGCGAGAAAGGUCUAUGGUGCAUCAUCAUCAAGUGGAUUUUUGAGCUUUCUGGUUUGGCUUUCACCAUUUGCUUCUCUGGGUUUUUCUUGCUGUUUGUUGAUUGGAAUGGGCUUCGUAGUGCCAAGUGUGGGAUGGAAGCGGUAGAAUCUGGUAUUAAGCCUUGUGAACUGUCUAAGGAAGCUCUUCAUCAACACCCACUGUCCCCUUUUACAAUAUCUAAAGCUAUUGUUGUUGGUUACCUUGGAAUAUUCUCAGUAUACUGGAUAUUUUGCUUUUUUAGAUUCUUUGCACAGCUAAAAGACACCUUGAAGAUUCGCGACUUUUACUACAACAGUCUCCAUAUCACAGACAAUGAGAUGCAGACCAUGCCUUGGGCAUCUGUUCUUGAAAAAAUUGUUCAAUCACAGAAUUCACAACAACUGUGUGUGAGCAAAGAUCUUUCAAUCCAUGAUGUGGUUAUGAGGUUGAUGCGGAAAGAGAAUUAUUUGAUUGGAAUGGUCAACAAAGGAGUGCUUGCCUUCCCUAUUUCUUCAUGGUUACCUGGUGUUGGUCCUGUCAAAUUCUGCUCAGAGGGUGUCCAACAUCGUCUAAUACUAACGAAGACCCUUGAGUGGACCCUACAUUGGUGUAUAUUGCAGAACAUGUUUGAUAGGAACUAUUGUGUUAGGAAAGAUUUUGUUUCUGACCCCAAAACAUUAAAGAGAAGGCUUGUGAUUGUUGGCAUUGGAAUGCUUCUGGUUUCCCCAUUUCUUGUGAUAUUCAUGCUGGUGUAUCUCUUCUUGAGGCACGCCGAACAAUUCUACAACCAUCCUAGCACGGCGUCAUCUCGAAGGUGGUCAACACUUGGCAAGUGGAUUUUUAGAGAAUAUAACGAGGUUGACCACUUAUUCAGGCACAGGAUAAAUAGCAGCAUAGUACACGCAUCUGAUUAUCUGAAGCAAUUUCCUUCUCCUAUUUUAUCACUGGUUGCAAAGUUCAUCUCUUUCGUUUCUGGUGGCUUUGCUGCUGUUCUUAUCAUCAUUGCUUUCUUCGAUGAAUCUCUGCUGGAAGGCCAUAUUUUUGGACGAAACUUGCUAUGGUACGGUGCUGUUUUUGGAGCGAUUACAGCCAUAAGCAGGGCCGCAGUGGCAGAUGAAGUUCUUGUUCUUAAUCCACACGAGUCAAUGUCACUUGUAGUCCAACAUACACAUUACAUGCCCAAGAGAUGGAGGGGAAAAGAAAACACUGAGAGUGUCCGGCUGGAGUUUGAAACUCUAUUUCAGUACACUGGCAUGAUGUUGCUGGAAGAAAUGGCUUCAAUCUUUCUUACGCCGUACCUACUUCUAUUCGUUGUUCCAAAGAGAGUGGACGACGUUCUGCGGUUCAUUACAGAUUUCACUGUAGAUGUUGAAGGCGUUGGCCAUGUAUGCAGCUUUAGUGUCUUCGACUUCAGAAACCAUGGGAAUACCAAAUAUGGCUCACCUUUCAAUGCACUACGCACCCGAAGGAGUUCCCAGGGAAAACUGGAAAAGUCGUUCUUGAGUUUUCGUAUCAGCUACCCGUCCUUGGAACCUAAUGUCGAAGGGAAGCAAUUCCUUUCAACAUUGAAAGCGUUUAAAGAAAAGAAAUGGUAUGGGCAUGGGAUGAGACCAGAAGCUUUUCAACAUAUGAACUUUCACCCGCCAUGGAUUCUCGACUUCAGAAGCGCGAGUGAUGAUGACUUGGGAGAUGGCCAUCCGUACAUUCUUGACUGCUAUUACACGUCCCACAUGACAUGUGGCCCGAGAGAGUCUCGGUCUGACCGCUUUGACGACGUGGGACCUGAUGAUGUAACGACCCGACCUGUUUUUAACAAGAGACAGUCAUUUGAAGUUAGGUCGCAAAGUUAUAUGCAUGCUUCGACUUCGGCUCCUCUCUUCCGGGAGAGCGUCUUUCGUCAUCAUUAUGAUCAAGAUGGUGGUGGUGGUGACGCGGGUCCCUCUUAUGCGAGGCGGGACUGGUGGGCCAGAAGGGCGCCGUCGGUCCGGGACCCACAGACAAGCUUUCUUGAACCUCCAACUUUUGCAGGCGGUGGCGAUGGUGGUGGAGGACGUCAGGCGAGCUUUAUUGAACCUCUUCUUCCCGCAUUCAACCGUGACCCUCACGACUACUGUGAUAGUUUCUUGGAGAGGUGUGUAGAAGACGAUGGACACAAAGAUCAUAUGGAUUUGGGAAGGAGCUCGAAUAGUUUGAUGGCGAGAACGGUCUUCAUGGAUGAAAGUGUUGGAGAAUUCAACCUUCCAUUCGAUGAUAUCUAUGGAAGGCGUUCGGGGAGCCCGGGUUCUCAUAAGAGCUCAGAUGCAGCAGCAGAUCUUGUGUGAUGGUUUUCUCUCCUCUCUAAUAGGGUAGUGAUGAUGAUGAUAUACUAUGUUCUUUGUUGUUGUACAUAAUAAACCCAUUGAAGUUAGAGUAGGAAUGGCCCGGGCCCACGGGCGGGGCAGGGUAGGGGGAGGUUGAAUCAGAGUGGGUGAUGCUCCGGUCACGUCACGCGGAUAACACCAAGUUUGACACCGUCACUAUCUGCGCGUGGUUGUCUCCGAUGGUGUAGUUUUUAAUGUCAUCCGUGUGAUUAGAGUACUGUGGUGUUUACCAAUUUGGAUUUGCACACUGAUUUAGACGAU